UGUAAAACCUCACAAACGUCACAAGUCUAGAGAUUGAUUCCCCAUUGAUCCACAGCUGCUCCUGCACUCUCUCGUUCUUCACCAGCAAAGGAAACAGUUUUUGAGAAAAUGGCAUCAAAGUUGCUACAGCUUAAAUCAAAAGCCUGUGAAGCAUCAAAGUUUGUGUCCAAGCACGGCACUAGUUACUACAAACAGUUGCUGGAGAAGAACAAGCACUAUAUCCAGGAGCCAGCCACUGUUGAGAAAUGCCAAGAGUUGUCUAAGCAGCUUCUCUACACCCGUCUUGCUAGCAUUCCUGGACGUUCUGAGUCGUUCUGGAAGGAAGUAGAUCACGUGAAGGGCUUGUGGAAGAACCGGGCGGAUCUGAAGGUUGAAGAUGCUGGGAUCGCAGCACUUUUUGGUCUUGAAUGCUUCGCUUGGUACUGUGCGGGUGAGAUCGUUGGAAGAGGCUUCACUUUCACCGGCUACUACCCUUGAAGCAAACAAAAAGCAAACAUGCCGCCUUUCAUUUCAUGGCUGUGAUAUUUUUAGCAAAAGUUUAAAAUUUUAUUUCCGUCUUUGGAUAGUUAAGUAGACACUUAACUAAUCAUUUAUAUUACUCAUGCCUAGCGCUUAAUAAUAAUAUUAGUCGACAACUUGUUUGCUUUUUUCUUC